AUGAAUUUUUUUAAAUAACAUUUUAGUCAACCAAUCAUGGUUACGACAAAUGUUGAAAAUGCUUCGGUGUGGAUUUUCUUUGUUAUCCUUGUUCGGUGAGGCUAGUAACGAACAAAAAGAAAUAUACACAGAUAUUUACACAAAAGCCGGUUUCCUUUUUCGUAGUAUGCAUAAAGGUGAUCGUGUGUUAUUAGUUAUAUAUGAUCCUGAGAAGGAUUUCUUUGAGAAAAGAACGCUUACCGGCAUCAUUGAAUUAAACAAACGGUUGUAGCUUUUUGUUCAACAUAAUUGUAUUUUAUCAAAUUAUAUGUGUAUUUUUUUCUUAUUAGAUUAAAACGUGCACAAUGAAAGUGUUUUGUUUAAUUUAUAUAAGUGUGAUAAAAAUCAUAUGAUGGGUUAACUUUAUUUACGUAUUUUCUUUGUUUUUAGUUAUUACGUAUGUUUUUAUAAAAGUGACAAAAGUAACACGUAAUAAUCAUUGACAAAUAUAUUAAUAGUUUAUACAUUGUUCAGUUAUUUGAAUAUUGUUAAAAAAAGAUAUAAAAAUGUUAUCGCAAGACUCUUUGUCUUUGCCUGAUACACAAAAUGUAGACAAUUUGACUCUUACGCAGUCUCAAGAUUUACCUGUUUCUCAAAAAUCUGUAACUAUUUGGGGAAGAUUAUGCCCAAACAAGCUUUGUUUCAAACCAAUAGCAAUGACUAAUGACGAAUAUACUCUCGGACGUGCUGAGAAUUGUGAUAUUUGUAUUAAUUCUCUAAAUUUAAAACCUAAGUGGGUGAGUGUAAUAAGUAAAGUGCACUUUAGGAUAAUCAGAGAAGAUAUCGGUGGAAAUAAUAACGAUUCAAUAGUAUACUUAGAAGAUCUUAGUCAUAAUGGUACUUUUGUUAAUAAAGAAAAAGUUGGCAAUCGCAAACGAGUAGUAUUACAAAGUAACGAUGUGAUAUCUCUAGCUCAACCUCAAUUUGAAGCAUAUGUAUUCAUGAGUACAAUUGCAUUUGAGGGUAAUGAUUUACCUAUGGAAUUGAAAAGCAAAUAUGCAGUUUCACGUACAUUAGGCUCGGGUGCCGGUGGAGAAGUAAAAAUGGUAUUUACCAAAAAUGGUUGUAAAAGAUUUGCAAUGAAAAUUAUAGUUAAAGCAGCGAGUACUUCGAAUGGAUAUAGACACCCCUUGAAUGAUCCUGAAAAAGUUAUGAACGAAGUUAGGAUUUUAAAAUCAUUGAGGCAUCCUUGCGUGAUUCGUUUGGAAGAAAUUGUAGAUACUCCACGUGCUGUUUAUAUUGUGCUUGAAUUAAUGGAAGGCGGAGAACUCUUUCAAAGGAUAACAAGUAGAGGUAGAUUGACAGAAGAUCAUGCCAAAUUGAUAUUUUAUCAAGUUGUAUUGGCAGUUAAUUAUCUACAUGAUUCUGGUAUCACUCAUAGGGAUCUAAAGCCUGAAAAUAUAUUGCUAGCAAGUAAUGCAGAUGUGACUUUAGCUAAAGUCUCAGACUUUGGUCUAUCAAAAUUAGUUGACGCGGAAACCAUGAUGAAAACAUUUUGUGGAACACCAAUGUAUGUAGCACCUGAGAUAUUAUCAAAAAGUGGACGCGAUUCAUAUACAAACAAAGUGGAUAUAUGGAGUUUAGGUGUAAUUUUAUAUGCUUGUUUAAGUGGAACAGUUCCAUUUAACGUUACAUGUAAAGAAGUUUCUUUACAAGAUCAAAUAAAAAGAGGUCUUUAUGGAUUUCCAAGUUCUAAAUUUGGACAAGUGUCGGAUAAAGCUAUCGAUUUGAUCAAACGUAUGAUGACAGUAGACCCUAGGAAACGAAUUACCAUUAAGCAGGUAUUAUUACAUCCUUGGCUACAGGAUCGUUUAAUCCGUAGUACUGUACAAUCUUUAUUUGAUGAUGGCGAUGAAGAAAACUGCCCUCCAACCAAUUUACCCACAGAUAGUAAAAAUAAACAUGACUCGCAUGCAGGUUCGAGAAAACGACCAAGACUAGAUUUCUAAAUAUUUUGACCAAAUGCAGCCUGCUAGCGGGUCUAUGUAACCAUAAGUACAAAUAAUGAUAUAUUGACUUUUUUAAAAUAAAGAUAAUUACAUUAAUUCCGUGCGUAAGGAAUA